AUGAUUGUGCUGUCGAACAUGUUCCGCGGUAACCAUCCACAGCAACAUUUAGGAACGAGGGACGCGAACCCGACCGCGGAGCGGAGUGCGAAGGAGAGAAUCUCCAGCCUGCUAUCGCAAAGCUCGCUGCGCACCGAACUGCGCACUAGGACGCGGUCGAGCUUCAACGAGAAACGGGCCACGGGGGAGGCGUCCAACAGCGGCGUUAAAGAGAAACGCCUGUCCAGCAGCGUCGACGAGAUAAUUACCAAAAGAGACGUGAACAGCAAAGUGAUAUGCAGUGCCAAAGGUUUAUUAGAAACAAAUUUAGAUGACCUAUUCAACGACGUCCAGAGGCCGGACGGGUGGGCUGAACCAAAGAGCUUGGGGGCUAGUGUGCCGACGCUGAGUUCGUGCGACGAUCGGGGGGCGACGGAGUAUCGCGGAUCACUGGUGUCUGGCGACGACACGGCAGAUGAUACGGCGACCGACAGCGACUCCCUAGACGAUGUGGCACGCGAGCAGAGGAAGUGCAUGGGCGCGCGCAGAUUCGGACACAUGCUGCGGAGGGUUAUCUCUAGAAAUGGUAAGCCGUUGACGCUAUAUCUCUUCCGGCCAUCUGCCGUUACUACGUUAACAUACGUGUUGAGUAUUAGAAUAGAACAUUUCUUUAUCUGUCCUGGCAAA